CCAAAACCCUAGCUCCUCUCCCCUGUCUCCUCGUUGCGGCGGCGGCAGAGAGAUGGCCAAGUCUCUGCGUUCGAAGCGGGAGAAGCGGCUGCGGACGCUCCGGCGGGAGAUCGCCGAGCCCUUCUACGACAAGAAGGAGGCCGCCAAGCUGGCCGCGCAGACCGCCGCCCUCGAGGCUCCCAAGCUCCCCGUCCGCGUGCACCCGGCGUACCAGGAAACCCUCGACGCAGCUGCCGCCGCCGCUGCUGAAGCCGCCGCCAGCCGGGCCUCGGCCAUGGAAGUGGAGACAGCUGAUGGAGGAAACAAGAAGCGCUCAUCCUUUCUGAAACCGAUGGGCAGCAUCAGCAAGAAGAAGGUUCAGCUUCACUUGAAGAUCAAGAAAGACAAGAGAAAAGCUAGAAAGAAGGGAGGGUUUGGGAAAAAGAAGUUCUAGAUGUGUGUGUUGCUCUGUUAUGGGUCAUGCAGUUUUGUUUGAACAACGCUUAUAACUGUAAUCCUACUUGUGCAACCCAAGUGUUAACCAUCCAUUCCUGGGUGGCAAACAAUGUACUGAAAUUUGUCAAUGAGCUCUGAACGAAA